AUGCUCACUCCCUAUAAACUGGCGAUCCUAGGAGAUGUAGAUGUUGGCAAGGCGGCGAUCACCAUCCAGUUAUCUCUCAGCCACUUCGUUGCAAUCUACGAUCCCACCAUCGAAUAUUCGUAUCGGAAACAAGUCGUGAUAGAUCAGCAAGCGUGCGUCCUAGAAGUAUUGGACACUGCGGGUCAAGGAGAACACACGACACUGCGAGAUCAAUGGACUCGAGACCGCGUGGGUUUUAUCCUCGUCUACAGUAUAACCUCUCGGAAAUCUUUCGAAACAAUCAACAAACUAUAUUCUCAGGUCCAAAGGGCCAAGGGAUCCGGGACAGCCAAACUCUCCACAGGCGCCAACUACCUUCCAGCACCGGUGAGUGUCAACCGGCCCCAUUCCAGUCAUGUUGGUCGGAAACAAGAGUGA